AUGGCAACUUCAGGACUCGGCGUUCCAGUCAAGCUACUUCACGAAUCACUGGGCCACAUCAUCACAGUAGAGCUAAAAACGGGCCAGCUGUACCGUGGAAAAUUGGCCGAAGCCGAGGAUAAUUUGAAUAUCUCUCUCAAGGAAAUCACUGUUACUGCACGGGAUGGACGUGUUUCCCAGCUAGACCAGGUGUACAUUCGAGGGAGUAUGAUUCGAUUUUUCAUUGUGCCGGAUAUGCUGCAAAACGCUCCAAUGUUCAAACGGGUUGGUCCCAAUGCAAUGAGGGGAAGAGGUAUCGGUACAGCACGCGGACGUGCAACUAUUAUGCGGGCCCGGCGUGGUCGCGGUGUGGCACCUACAGCUUCAAGAGGUAUUCGGCGAUGA